AUGAAUAAAAAUAAAUAAUAACUAGUGUACUUAUACUAAUUAUGGCCAUCUAACAAUAGAUUCUUCUGUAAAGGUCAUAUAAUGACAGGACCAAAAGAAGACAAUAAAAAGAAUAUAAUAACAUGGUUUUUUAUAAUUCUGAUAGGUGUUCCAUUUAUAUUUUAUAUAUCUCCAUAGAUUUGGAUUGUAUUACAUCCAUCUCUUCCUAUUAUAUCAUAUGUCAUGUAUUUUAGUUGUAUCCUUUUCCUAAUUAUGACUUAAUUCACUGAUCCUGUAAAAUAUACUAUUUAUAAUAUAGGGAAUAAUACCUAGAAAACAAAUCAUUGAAAGAAUUAAAGAUGAAAAUCUCAUUCACUUAAUACCAACUGAAGCUGAAAAUGCUAAUUAUCAAAUUAAAAUUUGUCUUACUUGUAUGAUUAAAAAACCUCCUCGUUCUAAUCAUUGUUCAAUUGCAUUGAUGUAUUUGAUCAUCAUUGUCCAUAUGUUAAUAAUUGUAUUGGUAAACGAAAUUAUGCAUACUUUAUAUCAUUCGUUGCUACACUUACUAUGGCAGCUAUUUCUUUUCUUAUUUAAUUACUAGGUUUUAUUAUACUCAUUUUAACAACUGAUCAAAAAGUUCAACAAAUUCUUAUCAUUAUUUUAAUGA